UUGAAUCUUGGCUCAAUAAAGCCACCCAUCCAACAAACCGGCAAGAGGAUUGGGAGUACAUCAUUGGCUUCUGUGAUCAGAUCAACAAGGAACUGGAAGGUCCCCAGAUAGCCGUAACGCUGCUCGUACACAAAAUCCACUCUCCACAAGAAUGGGAAGCCCUUCAAGCUCUGACAGUGCUGGAGGCGUGUAUGAAGAACUGCGGCAGACGGUUUCACAAUGAAGUCGGAAAAUAUAGAUUUUUGAAUGAGCUGAUUAAAGUUGUUUCUCCAAAGUACAUGGGCGACAGUGCACCUGAGAAGGUGAAAUUGAAGAUUGUUGAAAUGCUGUACAGCUGGACCGUCGCUUUUCCCAGUGAAACCAAGAUCGGUGAAGCCUACCAGACACUGAAGAGACAGGGCCUUGUGGCACAUGACCCAGAGUUACCGCUGGACAGGACUCUGAUUCCUUCUCCUCCAACGCGACCUAAACAUCCUGUGUUUGACAACGAGGACAUGGGCAAGCUGCUUGCUGAGCUUCUCCGGAGUAAAAACCCAGAAGAUCUUCAGGAAGCCAACAGAUUAAUCAAAAACAUGGUGAAAGAGGAUGAGGCACGGGUGCAGAAGGUUACAAAGCGAAUGCACACACUGGAGGAGGUGAACAUCAACGUCAAGCUACUGACCGAGAUGCUGUCCCACUACAAUAAAGACAGUUCCACUGACUCAGACAAGGAGAUUAUUAAGGAGCUCUACGAGCGCUGUGACAAGCUGAGACGAGCUGCUUUCAAAAUGGCCACUGAGACGGAGGACAAUGACACCAGUUUAGGUGACAUCCUCCAGGCCAGCGAUGACCUCUCCAGAGUCAUCAACGCCUAUAAGAAGAUUGUUGAGGGGCAACCAAUCAACGGCGACAGUGAAGAACCUCUAUCGACAGCUGGUCACAGCGAGAGCGAAACCACAGAUACACUGAUCGACCUCGCCGGCCUUGAUGUUCCGAGCCCUCCACAGCCUGCUGCUCCACCACCCCAGCCCUCACAUCCUGUCGCUGCUGAUCUCACAGUGAUCCCCAUCCCCGUCCUGCCUCCUCCCCCCAAACGCCUAGCUGGCAGUCAGGGCAGCAGCCCGAGUCAUCCCCCUGCCAACAAGGCCUUCACUGCACUCUCUCUCCUGGAUGAUGAGCUACUGUCUCUUGGACUGAAUGACCCUCCUACCUCUCAGAGCAGCCAAUCAAAACCAAAGCUGGAUGAAAUCUCCAACCAGUGGAGUUCCUUGCAGGCCCCAGCAACAAGUGUUGGUAUGUUUGGCAGCAUAGCUUGUUCAGGUCCAGUGGUGCCACCAGCUGAGCCAGCUGUCACUCACAGUCUACAGAACCUGCAGGACCUGGCCAUGAUGGGCUUUUCAGAUCACAAGAGUUUAUCCAACCAGAUGACGGCCAGAGGAACCAGCUUUGGAGUGCCUGCAGCAGCACCGCCCCUCGUACCUGUGCAGGGCUCGCCCUCUUCAGCGGCUCUUCUCCAAGGACCCUUGCCUGGCUCUCCAGCCUUAUCCCAUGUGAAGGCUCACAGCUUCGACUCAGCCCCAGGAAGUCCGCUGUUCCGCUCUCUGUCCCCUUGCCACCCUCCACUCCAGGGCAGCCCGGCUAGAGCCAAUGAAAUCCCCCUGAGCAACGUACACGUCCCUCUGGAGGCCAUCAGACCAAGUAAAGUCUUACCUGUGACUGCAUAUGACAAGGAUGGCGUUCGCAUGCUGCUCAACUUUGCUUCUGACUGUCCCCCUGGGCGGCCUGACGUGUUGGUAAUGGUGGUGUCGAUGCUUAAUACAGCACCCCUGCCUGUUCACAAUGUGGUCCUACAAGCUGCUGUGCCCAAGUCGAUGAAGCUGAAGCUGCAGCCCCCGUCGGGAACAGAACUGGCACCCUUUAACCCCAUUCUACCUCCAGCCUCCAUUACUCAGAUCAUGCUGCUGGCCAAUCCAGCGAAGGAUAAGGUGCGUCUGCGCUACAAGCUGGCUUUUACUCUCGGAGACCGCCCAUGCAACGAGGUCGGAGAGGUUGACCAGUUCCCCCCUCCAGAGAUGUGGGGUCAUCUAUAGCAGCGGCGGAGACCGGCUGCUCAGCAGGGACAGACUGGUUCAUACUCCAUGAAGGGGUGGGAGUGUGCGCAUGUGCGUGUGUUCAUAUCCAUCCCAGAGAGACCAGAGGGGGAACUUUUGUUAUAUUCUUCACUUCAGCUUUACAUUCCUUACAAUGGUUCAUGUUUUGGACGUUGUUAUUGCUGAGAUGUUAAAAGCAAUCACUAAAAGUUUUAUUGAUGACUGAUGCAGUGCUUGCAGAUAGCUAACACAGCAAAGAUAGACACUGGUAUGUAAGGCCUUGGUGCUUAUAGGCUAUUGACAGAUAUUUUAAUGCAUUUUCCCUAAGGGGAAAUGGUUUGAAACUGCAAUGAAUAAUGCAUUAGAGACUUAAAAUGUUGGGUUGAUCACAACAAAUAUUUUAAAAGAAAAUAACCUUGAAGUUAGCAGAGCCUGCGCUGCAGAUGUGCUUCUAUUUAUUCGUGUUGCUGAACAUUUAUACUUGAAUAUAUCUUGAGAGUUGAAGAUUAGGCUGACAUGAAGGAUUCAGUCAGAUAUCAUUGCUGCAGAAAGAGAAGAGGGGCGUGUGUUUUGGAUUAUUCUAUGGAUGGAUUAUGGAUAUGUGUGAGUAAAUUGUGUUGCUAAUGUAGCCCUAUGCUAGGUUAUGAAGGAAACGUUGCGCAGCAGCACUUAGAUGGUAAUGUGUAAUUGCAGAAAUGCAGUUAGGAGUCCAACACUGGUUUUAUUUCAUGUUUUCAUUUUUAAGAUAAAUGAUUCUCAGUUAGUGGUUGUCCAUAGUUUGGUUUUGUAUUAUUAAACAUGUUUACUCCCCUCCUACCAGGCUCAGUAUUGGGAGUAUUUCUGUCAUAGUUAUUUUCUGUUCCUGGUACGACAGUGGAUCGCUAAACCCAACAAAUGUGAACUGAACCAACCUGAAUCUGAAUCCAGAACGAAGCAGAUUAUUAUCCAGUAUGCAGUAGUGGGAUGGAGUGAAACUGUACUUAGUCCUCUCCGACCCCUUUCACUUUCUGCACACCGAAGAUGUGGAUACAUUUAUAUUUGUUUAGUGAUCCACGCUGAGAUCCCGAUAUGCCAUCAUCAGAUUCAAUAAGAAGAAUCUGUGAACUGUCAUCUACAGACCUCUUGGCAGAUCUACCGGCUUUAAAAUUUGGACUUUGCUACAAAAAAGGUCCUGCAGCCACGUCAGCCUGUUUUGCAAUCGAUAAGGUUACAUUUUUUAAGUUAUCUCAAAAUUUCAACGUAAUAACUCAAACUGCUGAAAUUUAAACAAACUUCCGUAAUAUUUGGAUGAAGUCACUUCUCUUUCAGGCCUGCUUCACAGAGGGUAGAGCAGAUAAUCUUGCUCUGUGGACUAUAACCAGUGCAUAGAGUGAUUUACCAAAUGCAAUUUGGCAACUACAGUCUGUCAAGUGUUGAUAGUGAAGAGUGACAUUCAUGUUGCUGCUGUAACAUGUUUGAUAGAUGGUCGUCCAUAUGACAGGUUCACUAAUCUGGGCUGAGGUAUUACCAGGUUCUGUUAGUGGUCUUUGGGUUCACAGACAUCUUCCUGCCCAAAUUGUCAUGUGGGAGGAGCUAUUUCAAAACAGAAUCCAGGUUGUUUCAGUUUUUCUUGUUUUACAGUAACCCGGGCCAGUAUUAUCCACGGACAUCUCAAAGCUUUAAAUAUUUUUAUAUCCAGACUAAGAAUUAUGUUUUAUCAAAGACUUCAGCUUUUUUUUUCCUGGCACGCAGUGCAAGUUUUCGGACCUUACAUACGCUCUAAAACACAAUUUAGACAAUGUUUGAUCCAUUCAUAUUCCCACAUCUCAACAUAAAAAGGACCAACCAACCUACAAUUUAAAGCACUACAAUGAAGGCGCUGAAUACUUGAGAGUUCAUGAUUUUAUUCAUUUAAAAUGAACUCAGAACAUUCAGGGGUCUGAACGCUUUGACUUCACUGCGUCCCAUCUCUGAUAGUCCUCUAUUCAUCAUACUGGAUGUACAGAAGUGUGUUUACUGUACAUAGCAUCUAAUGUAAUAAUGUAAUGUACCUGCUGUUUGGUGUAUGACAACUUCUGUGAAAAUGUGACUUGUAGAUUUGGGGAGAGUGUUAGGACUGUAUAUAUAAAGGUAUGAUGUGUCAUUUCUUUGCUGCAUGAAAAAAAUAAAGUCUUCAUGG